GGGGAAAAAUAAAUUUGGGGGAUUUCCCAAAUUGGAGGCUUGGCGGCCAUUCUCUCUCUAUCCCUCGUCUGAGUGGCCGGAGAGUGGGACGCCGGCGAAGGCGGAGAUCGUACGCAUACAGGGAAGAACGUCACCGGCGAGAUGAAUUUUUGAGAUUAUAGAUAAACAAUUGCCUCUUCUUGAAAAUGGCUUUGUCUAAGCCUUUGUCUAGGAUGCUAUCUCAUGUCAUUCUUGAUUUGGAUGGUACUUUAUUGAAUACAGAUGGAAUUGUGAAUGAUGUCUUAAAGGGAUUUUUACUCAAGUAUAACAAGCAAUGGAAUACCAAAGUAGCCCAUAAACUAGUGGGGAAGACUCCUAGGGAAGCUGCUACCAUUGUCUUGGAAGAUUAUGGACUCCCUCUGAGUGUUGAAGAAUUAAUGGAUAUGAUUACUCCGUUGUUCUCUGACCAGUGGUGCAACAUUAAAGCUCUUCCAGGUGCCAAUCGGUUGAUAAAGCAUUUGAGCAGUAAUGGGGUUCCGAUGGCUUUGGCUUCAAAUUCACCAAAAUUGAACAUAGAAGCUAAAAUUUCUUAUCACCAUGGAUGGAAAGAGUCCUUUUCAGCCAUUGUUGGUGGAGAUGAAGUUAUAAAUGGAAAGCCAUCACCUGAAAUAUUUCUUGAAGCUGCUAAACGGAUGAACACUGAACCAUCAAACUGCCUAGUGAUUGAAGACUCACUGCCUGGUGUUAUGGCAGCUAAGAAUGCUGGGAUGUCAGUUGUAGCUGUCCCAUCUAUUCCAAAACAAGCUGAUCGUUAUAGCUUUGCUGAUGAGGUGAUAAAUUCUUUGCUUGAUCUACAUCCUGAAAAGUGGAGUUUGCCACCAUUUAAGGAUUGGAUAGAAAACACUUUACCUAUUGAGCCUUUAUACAUCGGAGGACCAGUCAUCAAAGGUUUUGGUCGUGGUUCAAAGGUACUUGGAAUACCUACAGCUAACCUAGCUGCACAUGACUUUUCUGAUAUACUAUCAGAACACACAUCUGGUGUGUACUUUGGUUGGGCUGGACUAUCAACAAGGGGUGUCUUCAAGAUGGUCAUGAGUGUUGGUUGGAACCCAUACUUUGACAACACUGAAAAAACAAUAGAACCAUGGCUGUUACAUAAGUUUGAUGAGGACUUCUACGGUGAAGAGCUACGCCUGUUAGUUGUGGGAUACAUACGGCCGGAGGCCAACUUUCCAUCAUUAGAGAGCUUGAUUGCGAGGAUUCAUGAAGACGGGAAAAUAGCCGAGAAAGCACUCGAUCUUCCUAUUUAUGCAGCAUAUAAAAACUCACCAUGUCUGGCAAGUUCUUUGCAACAGCCGAAUUCCAAUUCAUGAACACCAGUAAAUAAUCCAUGCUCUUUAGGAAGACUUGAGUAGCACAACCCUUUUUUAUGUGGGAUCUUGUUAUUUUUUCUCCUCUGGAAAUUAAUGGAGGAGAACCCAAGGAUGCAGAAAAAGCACUUUCAUAAUAACUGCAUUUCUUUGCAUUAGUUUACACAAAAUGAUUACACACCAGAAUUAUAAAUUAAGUUUUCCUUAUUUAUUUAUUAAUAUAAUUACUAUUAUUAUUUGA